UCGGGCGCGGUGCGGCCGCUGCGGCCCCGGCCCUGCCCGCGGGCGGGCGGCGGUGCCCCCAGCAUGGCCAAGUGGCUGCCCCGCGCCGGCGACCUGAGCCGCUUCCUGCAGAAACUGAACCGGGUGAAGACCCUGGAGGAGGACAUGAUGGAGACGUCCUUCAACAGGUGCCUCUCCACCGUGGACCUGACGCUGCUGGGCAUCGGGGGCAUGGUGGGCUCGGGGCUGUACGUCCUGACGGGCACCGUGGCCAAGGAGCUCGCCGGCCCCGCCGUCAUCGUCUCCUUCGUCAUCGCGGGCUUGGCCUCGCUGCUGGCUGCCCUCUGCUACGCCGAGUUCGGGGCGCGGGUGCCCAAGACAGGCUCUGCCUACAUGUUCACCUACGUGUCCGUGGGCGAGCUCUGGGCCUUCCUCAUCGGCUGGAACGUGCUGCUGGAGUACAUGAUCGGGGGAGCCGCCGUGGCCAGGGCCUGGAGCGGCUACCUGGACUCCAUCUUCAACCACAGGAUCAAGAACUUCACCGAGACCCACCUGGGCGCCUGGCAGGUGCCCUUCCUGGCUCGCUACCCUGACUUCCUGGCAGCUGCCAUCCUGCUGGUAGCCACUGCCUUCAUCUCCUUCGGCGCCAAAGUGUCCUCCUGGCUCAACCACGUCUUCUCGGCCGUCAGCAUGGGGGUCAUCCUCUUCAUCCUCGUCAUGGGCUUCGUCCUCGCCCAGCCCAAGAACUGGAGCGCCCAGGAGGGCGGCUUUGCCCCCUACGGGCUGUCUGGCAUCAUGGCUGGCACAGCCACCUGCUUCUACGCCUUCGUGGGCUUCGACGUCAUCGCAGCCUCCAGCGAAGAGGCCAGGAACCCCCAGAGGGCUGUGCCCAGAGCCAUCGCCUGCUCCCUGGGGCUGGCCACCGGGGCCUACAUCCUGGUGUCAGUGGUGCUGACCCUGAUGGUGCCCUGGCACACGCUGGACCCCGACUCUGCCCUGGCAGAUGCCUUUUACAGGAGAGGCUAUGCCUGGGCAGGGUUCCUGGUGGCUGCUGGCUCCAUCUGCGCCAUGAACACAGUGCUGCUGAGCAACCUCUUCUCCCUGCCGCGCAUCGUCUACGCCAUGGCCGAGGAUGGGCUCUUCUUCCAGGUCUUCUCCCGGGUGCACCCCCGCACGCAGGUGCCCGUGGUUGGCAUCGUGGUCUUUGGGCUGCUGAUGGCCCUGCUGGCCCUCGUCUUUGACCUGGAGGCCCUGGUGCAGUUCCUGUCCAUUGGCACCCUGCUGGCCUACACCUUUGUGGCCGCCAGCAUCAUCGUCCUGCGCUUUCAGCUGCAGAAGGUGGUUGGCACAGCCCCGGCGGGCGCUGCCCAGCCUGGCACCGAGCCCCAGCAGAGCCCAGCUGCAGGGGAGCUGAAGGAGUAUGAGUCCUUCUCCGACAAGCUGCAGCUGGUGGACAGGGACAGGAGCAAGGAGCAGCGGGAGCCAGGGCAGCUGAAGGCAGCCUUUGAGCCCUACCUGGAGUUCCUCAGCGACUUCUACCCGGGCGAGGUGGUCACGGUGGCUGUGGUGACCCUCAUGGUGUCUGCCAUCUGCCUCUGCUCCAUCCUGGCCUUUGGCAACACCCACCUCCACCUGCCCACCUGGAGCUACUCCCUGCUGCUGGUCCUCUUCAGCCUGGGCUUCUUCCUCAGCCUCCUCCUCAUCUGGGCACACGAGCAGCAGCGCAGCACCCAGACCUUCCAGAUCCCCCUGGUGCCUCUCUCCCCGGCCCUGAGCAUCCUCCUCAAUAUCUACCUGAUGCUGAAGCUCAGCUACAUGACCUGGCUGCGCUUUGCCAUCUGGCUGCUCCUAGGCCUGUUGGUCUACUUUGGCUACGGCAUCUGGCACAGCAAGGAGAACCUGCGGGAGCCGCGGGCGCAGCGAGUCAGUGCCCGCUACGUGGUGUUCCCCAGCGGCAGCCUGCAGGAGAGGGUCCAGGCAGUCCAGCCCAGUGCCCAGCCUGCCACGGAGCUGCCAGACGCCCACAUCGACGACUGCAAGAGAUGACAGCCUCCCCUCCCCCCUCCCACCCCCCCAGGGCAUGGAGCCACCGUGGGGCAGGUCCAACUUCCCCAUAGCAAGGCUGCCGCCGCCUCCUCCUCCUCCUCUGCCUCCUCCUCCUCCUGGCUGUUUCGAUGUGUGUCUCUAGCUGAAGAUGAUGAAGGUUCUUGCCCUUCCCCAGCCACUCUUGAUGGAGCCUGGGGCGGGGUUGGCUCCCUCCUUCCCUCCCUCCUCACCCUCAGCACUCAGGACGUGGGGGCUCAGCCUGCCCUGCUCACCAGGAGCUUUGUUCUCACCACCUCCCCCAAAGCAGCAAAUCUCCUUUCUGCUGGUCUGAGCUCGCAGCUGGGGGGGUGCAGAAGGGUCCUCAGGGAGCAGGGCAGGCAGCCCAGCGCUGCCCAUCCUGGGCUCUUAGCCUGGCUGCAUCCCUGCCUCCUGCUGAGCCCAGCUGUGGCAGGAGGCAGGGGCCAGAUGUGCUUCCCCACUGGCAUCGGCUCUGCUGUUCCACGGACUGGGGCUGAGGGGGCCAAGGUGGGCAUGAGAUAGAGAAGGGACAGGGCCAGAGCCAUGGGCAGGGACCCUGGCAAAGGCUGGCAUAGCAGGAGACCAACUGCCUCUUCCCAUGGACUGGGGGCCAUGCCUGGCUGGAAGGUCAUGCCAGGACCAGGCACUUGCCCAGCCCUGAGCUGGGUGUGGGCACUCAGGACCUCAGAUUUGUUGCCUUGACCCUGGAGAGUCCCAGCAGGAGCCCUGGGCUGGGCUGCCUGAAGCCAGCUCCUCCCUUGCCCUCACCCCAGCAACUCCACCUGCACUGCCACCUGCCCUGGCAUGGGGGCUCAGCUGGCAGUGAUGCCCCUCCCUGGCUGCCCGUGCCUGAGUAUGGGCUCCUGCCUGGCAAGCAUCCCCAGGCUCUGAGAUUCACCCUGGCUGCCACGGGGUGAUUGGGGGGGUCCCCAUCACAGCUGCAGCAGCCCCUCCCCGGGCAGCCUGGAGCAGCAGUGAAGGAAGCUUUGCCACGUCACGGAAGAGCCACGUGGAGGACACAAGCUUGUCAAGCUGCCAGGCCUGGCAGCAUGGGCACCCUGCCCCCACCGCCCUGCCGGGCAUGCCAGUGUCAGCUGUACCCUGCCAGGAGCCAGGACCCCCUUUGCUUCUCUCUGGCCAGUCCCUGCUGGGGCCGGGAGGGGCCAUGGAGGUGCCCCUGCCCCAUCUGCUGGCUCCUGGUGACCCUCUCUGCCUGCCAGCGCCGCUCCACAUCCCGCUCGCCCCUCUGCUGCUGCUGCUGCUGCCGCUGCCAGCGCGCCCCCGGCGUGCCCUGGCCCUGCUUGGCACCGAUGUGUAGUGGCUCCGACUCGGGCACCCCAUAAACACAGGUUCUGCCGCGGCUC